AUGUCCUCUCCAGUCCCCGUAUUCGAUGCAAAAGCGAUGCCCUUCCGCCGACUAGGCCCCAGCGGGCUCCGCGUGCCGCUCUUCUCUCUCGGCGGCUGGCUCACCCUUGGCGGCUCUGUCGUCGGCGAGAGCGUGAAGGACAUCAUGCAGGCUGCCUUCGAACAUGGGAUCAACAUGUUCGACACCGCGGAGGACUACCAGAAGGGCGCGGCUGAGCGCGAAAUGGGUCGUGCUAUCAAAGAACUUGGCUGGCGCCGCACCGACCUCAUCAUCUCGACCAAGAUAUUCUGGAGUCACGAGCCAGGCACAGGUCCGAACGACACGGGGCUGUCGCGUAAACACGUUAUCGAGGGCACGAAGGCGUGUCUGCGGCGGCUGCAGAUGGACUAUGUCGACAUCAUCUUCGCGCAUCGGUGCGAUACGACCGUUCCGAUGGAGGAGAUCGUACGCGCGUUUAACUACGUUAUCGACCAGGGCUGGGCCCUCUACUGGGGAACCUCCGAAUGGAGCGCGCACCAAAUCGAGGAGGCGCAUCAUGUUGCCACGCGGUUGAACCUCAUCGCGCCGAUCGCGGAGCAGUGCAAGCACAAGUCCGCGCCAUCUUAUUUUCCCCUCCAACUAAUGCUGAGGAAACAAUAG